AUGGUUCUCUACACGUACAUCGCCAGGGCCACUGAUGGACUUCCUCUGAGCGCCAGCGUAGAAGACACGCAGGGCCCGGACCUGAAGGAGCAGAAGAAGCAGCUCCGGAUUAUCACCGGCCGCAUCACUGCGUCAAGCGAGCCGCGUGCGAGCAUUGAAAGCGGUGAUUUCACCAUCCACUACCUCUUGAAGAAUGAUAUUAUUUAUAUGACAGUAUGCGAGCACUCGUAUCCUCGCAAGCUAGUUUUCAGUUAUUUGGACGAAAUCCAGCGAGAGUUCUCCACGUCUUAUUACAACGAGGUCCUGAAGCCCGGCACCCGUCCGUUUGCGUUUGCCCAAUUCGACUCGUACAUGCAGAAAACCCGCCGACUAUACCAGGAUGCUCGAGCAUCGCAAAAUUUGGACAAGCUGAACGCAGAGCUUCAGGACGUAACUAAGGUUAUGACGAAGAACAUUGAAGAUCUCCUGUAUCGCGGUGACAGUCUCGACCGCAUGUCCGACCUUUCCACGAACUUGCGCUCAGAGUCGAAAAAGUAUCGCCGCGCAGCCAAGAGAGUCAACCUAGAGGCAAUGGUUCGGCAGUACGCCCCGUUCAUCGGGGUCGGCUUCUUUGUACUUUUUGUCGUUUGGUGGAGAUUCUUCUAG